CAUACUAAAAAACCACAGUCCACCCUCUGUGCUUUUUUAUACUAUAGCUGUAUUGUGAGAUACACACAGUGUCAUGGCCUUCACCCUGCUGUGCCUGCUCCUAUGUGUGGGUUCCCAUUUCACAGAUGGAUUCUUCGUGGACACAGAGGAGGCUAUUAUGUUACAGGGUCAGGAUGCCAGCUUCGGUUACCAGGUGGCACAGCUGCCAGGACAGGUAAUAGUAAGUGCCCCUCUACGGCAACAGGCAGUGAACAAAACCGGGCAACUGUUUAACUGUAACCCCAAGACCAGACAAUGCCGACCAAUUAGUAUUCCAGUCUCUGCAGAUGAUGUUGACAUAUCACUUGGGCUUUCUUUGGCCGUGCAGGGUGACCUCACUAAUCUUAUUGCUUGUGGUCCGACCCUGCAGAGAACUUGUGGUCAGAACAAGUAUGUAAAUGGGCGCUGCUACCUUCUUGACAACCAACUACAGCUGGUGGAGUCCCUGCCUCACUCACUGCCAGAAUGCUGUGCGAGUAGCGUGGAUAUUGUAUUCCUUAUAGAUGGGUCUGGGAGUGUGAAGAGAACGGACUUUACAAGAAUGCUAACCUUUGUAUCUCGGAUUAUGACGGCAUUUACCGACUCUGACGUACAGGGCUUACUUAGUGGCCGGACACAACUGUUCACACCUCAGAGGGGCUCUUGUGUGGGAUCUCAGAAGCUUCUCAUUGUAAUAACUGAUGGGGAGACAAUUGGAGACAACACCCCGUUCUCUCUUUCUAUUGGAGAAGCAGAGAAACGGAAGGUUUUGCGCUACGCUAUUGGGGUGGGUGACGCCUUCAAUAGUCAACGUGCCUUCAACGAGCUGAAGAGUAUCGGCUCACUUCCAUCCUCGGAUUAUGUGUUCAGAGUCAAUGACUUUUCUUUACUCAACCAGAUUCAGAACCAGCUACAGGAGAAGAUUUUUGCUAUAGAAGGCACAAAGUCUCAGUCUGGGAGUUCCUUUCAGCUGGAGAUGUCUCAGGAUGGGUUUAGCUCCAUUCUAACCUCAGACGGAGCAAUGCUGGGAUCAGUGGGGGCAUAUGACUGGACAGGAGGGGUCUCAGUUUUCAGAAGGGGAGAACAAGAGAGUAGCUGGAUAAAUAUCACUAAAGUUCAGGAUGAGAUGAAGGACGCAUAUCUAGGGUACUCUCUACUGCAAGUGACACCAGACUUGAUUGCUGCUGGAGCUCCAAGAUACCAACAUACCGGGAGAGUUGUGAUCUUCAAGAGAAGCAGGACUGAAUCUAAGUGGUACCCGAGGGCAUUUGCAGAUAAUGACAAGACUGGAUCAUACUUCGGGUCAGUGCUCAGUGGGAUCCGCAUAAACACUGAUCCUGCUGGAUUUCUGCUAUUGGUUGGGGCUCCCACGUAUUACUCUCCAGAUGAACCAAGUGGCUGUGUGUUCCUGUGUCCUCUCAAUGCUAGAAUAUUGGAAUCUUCAGAUCUAGUGACUUCCCCAGUCACACUCGAGUGUACAAACACCCUGCACGGUGACCCUGCACAGGUACUUGGGCAUUUUGGUUCUGCCAUCUCCAUCUUGCCAGAUCUAACUGGAGACCAAUUGCCAGAUCUGGCAGUUGGCGCUCCAUAUGAGAAUCAGAAUGUUGGAGCCAUCUACAUAUUUCCAGGGCAACACGGAGGCUUCAGGACUUCCUACAUUCAGCGUAUAGCAGGCAGCGCAGUCAGCACAGGUCUCAUGUACUUUGGUCGGUCUGUAACUGGAAAUUUGGACAUGACAGAGGAUGGGAUCCCAGAUGUGUCUGUGGGCAGUGAGGGCAAAGUCCUUGUGCUGAGGUCUCUUCCAGUCUUGGGUGUCUCAGUGUCAAUGAGCUUUCUCCCCACGGAGAUACCCCUGAAAUUCUAUGAAUGUCCGGACCCCAGUGAGCGAGGAAAGGCUACAGAUGUAUCGGUGUGUGUUGAUCACUCAGUGAGGAGUCCUGGAGUCAAAGGGGAAGUCACUGCACAACUAAAUUACACUCUCAUGCUGGACGCGGGGCGCUCUCAGAACCGAGCAGUCUUUAGUCCCUCUGCUAGACGGUCAGUCGAUGGAACCCUGCAACUGACAUCCAGUCGUGUGUGUGUGACGCACUCUAUUGUACUGCCAGAGUGUGUUCAGGACUCUCUCUCCCCUAUGCGAAUCAUGUUUAAUUUCUCUACGAUUGGAAAAUCUGUUCUAACUGAAGACUCACCCAGAAACCACAGUGGGCAGGUUUCAUUUCAGAAGGACUGUGGGAGUGAUGGUGUUUGCAUCGAUGACCUGAGGGUUGAGGCAAAAUUCACUGGAAUCAAACAGCUGGUUGUGGGACUGUCUCAAGAGGUUAAUCUGACCAUCUCUGUACAAAACCUUGGGGAGGACUCAUACAACGCUCGUGCUCUCAUAUCCCAUCCUACUGCACUGUCAUAUCGUAAAGUUUCCCUUAUUCAGAGUAACAGACGUCAGACAACAGUGUUGUGUUCAGCUCCAGAGAGUCAGAAACAUGUGACCUGUGGCAUUAAUAGCCCAGUACUGAGACCUAAUGCAACGGUCAUUUUUGAGGUCAUCUUUCAUGUUAGUUCUAUGGCAGAUUUGGGAAAUACUCUCACUUCACACGUCAACAUCACCAGUGACAACAGAGGAGACCACCGAGAUCUCAGGACAUCUAGGGCUGAUCUGAGAGUGCUCUAUAGCUUCUACGUGACUGUUAGCAGCCUUGAAAUAUCCACCAAAUACACAAACUUCUCAUCUAGUGGCUCGUCCAGGACACGCACCGUGGAACACGUAUACAGAGUGAUUAAUCUGGGCCAGCGAUCGCUGCCUGUGUCUGUCACCUUUAUGGUUCCUGUAAAGAUAAAAGAGACUCUAGUGUGGGAGGGAAUCAGCCUCAAAAGCUCACAGCCACAAAUUACAGCCUGCAGUCCCCCCACGGAUACAGCCGGGGCAGAGAAUUACCGUGAUCUCCUGAAAGCUCGUCCUGUGGUGGACUGUUUGGUAGCCACGUGCACCAUUAUUGUGUGUAACAUCACUGCGCUUGGCCUGCAAAAUGCCACAGAGUUUACAGUCACUGGUCAGGUGAUGGGAGACUGGAUGGUAGAGAUGGAGCAUCAGAAGGUUUCCCUCCAGAGCACAGCGAAGAUAUCGUAUGACAAGGACACUUAUCACAUUCUGGAGCAGAACGAACGCUUUUUAAAGUCUCAGACUCUGACGGUGCUGGAAGUAUACACUGAGUAUAAUUACGUACCCGUGAUCAUCGGGAGCAGUAUAGGUGGAGUAGUUCUCCUGGCGUUGCUCACUGCUGGAUUAUACAAGCUGGGCUUCUUCAAGCGUCAAUACAAAGAGAUGAUGGAGACGCCUGACGACGCACCACAGGAGACGCCUGGAGAAAAGUCUGCAGGCACAAAGGCGUGAUCGGUGUAAUGCUCACGACUGCUUAUAUGAACAUCCACUGAUGCAAGCGGACUCAGCAAGACACACACUGACUAUUCAUAGAAAAAAUCAUUUUAUUAUCGUAAAAUUAAUAAUCAGUUAAAUGCAAAAAUAAGCUUUAUUGUCCUAUACAGCCAGGAAUGUGCAUAUUUAAAUAUAUUCAGUUGCAGUGGGAGGGGCUAGUAGGACCAAGGCUUCUCUGAUUGGACCACACAGUUAUUAAUGUGAAACAGGGAUGGUGGUAACAGGUUAACUGUGUUAAUAACUUCCCUAAAUGAUUGUGAAUCAAUAAAUACUGCAGCAUACUCUUCUA